CAGCGGAGCUCCCGCCAUAGCUUUAAUGCCUCAGUACUGCUAGUUACAUACAUGUUCAAAACCUGAUGGACAUGGGUCCAAUGACCGCUGGUCAUGAUCUAUGAUCGAAUGUUAGAGCGACAGAAUGAAGUAUGUAGUCAUUAGACCGGUGUACAAUUCCCUCGCCCAUAAAAACAUAUAAAGGCAACUAAAUGGUUCUCGAGUAUGUAACAGAGACAAACAGGAAGUCUGUCAAUCACUUUAAUCUCUGCUAUGCGGGUUUUAAACACUCUCAUUGCUAUGACGGCCGUCAGCGGCAUAGUCGUCGCCGCUCCCCGCGAACCCGUUCCUCCCGCCGGGCCCCACGACUUAUGGGCGGAGGGCGCCGACUACUUGGCAGACUCCAUGGAGUCAUGGGAAAGCGCCUCCAGAUCAUGGAACCAAGUCGCCGGCCAAUGGGCGCACGGAGUAUACCAAGAUUUCAGACAAUAUCUUCGCAACAUUGCCCAUCGCCCCAAACGCAUGGCGUUGGCACUCUACGAUGCAUUCGCUGCAGAAGACAGCACCGCUCUCUGGAGGGAAUUCACACACGUAUUUGACCACUGGAGGCUACCCCGACAUCUACAAGAUGGAUACGUUCGAUGCGAGAAGCAAAGACUUGAUGAAUUCCAGAUCAUGAACGCUGUCAAUAGGACACUCAAGUGGGCAGCAUUGUUUGGACAUAAUGGGACAGAAUUCAAACGCAGAGUGGAUUUCCGUUAUGCCGAAGCUAAAGCAUUUGCCUGUGACUAUGGCUGUGGACAGACCAUCCAUCCCGAGGACCUUGUACUCAUGAUGGCCGCAGUGAAGUACAAGUGCGGGAACAAUGCGGGUUAUUUCGCCAUGGAGCCAUGGAAGGCAUCCUACGGUUAUACAACUUGGGACAACGACAAUUUUUGCUGGAGAAGGCGGCGGGAGCCAUCUAAGAGGUUGAAGUGUAAACAUUAUUGAGUUUGUGUAAGUUCCACAGCAGAUCCCUUGGGUACUGCUCCUCGAGUCUGAAUAGGGCAGAUCUUGAGUGAAAACAGUGUGUACAAGAGUGUUCUAUCAUCCUUUGUGUGUCCACCGACUGUUUUUCCUGUAUAUAGCAAUACAUAAUUUACCUUAUAAACAGGAUGUCCAUAAAGGGCACUACCACUUACAACAUCU